CAAACCUGGGAGAGACCUGGGAACUGAACUGGGUCCCACCCCAGCACUUCCCCUGCUACACUCUCUUCUCUCCUCCCACUUUGGCUAUGUUGCUAUGGGUCUGUGAAUGUGAAACAAACAGGAACUAACUACUUCUCCAUCUUUGAGGUUCUGCUCAGGACACCCAGAACCAUCAGCCACUGUUACCCUGUGCCAGACACGCCAGCCUCUCUACCUUGCCAGCAAACUCUUCAAGACUCUGCCAGACUAAAACUAACUUGCAGGGACUCCCAGGGACUCAGAGGAUGAGGAGGAGAAGGAACGGGUGGACAUGGCCAUAGAGGAGGCUGGUCUCAAGGACAUCCGAGAGCAGCUCUAGGGCAGAGAAAAGCCCAGCGAGUGCCAGCCCCCGGCGCUGACCGCACCCGACCCCUGGCCCGCACUGCCAGCUGGGAUCUGCCAGCCACCACGGGACCCUUUCCAGCUUGGGGUGGACGGGAUAAAAGGCUCAUCCCAGGCCAGCGGACAGACAGACGGGAAGGUAGAGGGCUGGAAUCAGCGGCUCCCCUGUGCAUACUGUGGGGCUCCAGCUCCAGGAGGCAGCCAUGACCCUGCCCGCCCCGUGGGGCGCAGAGCAGCAGCUGGAGGAGAUGAUGGAGCUGACGGCGCAGAACCUGCCCAGGCUGGAGGUGACCCAGUCGUACACCAUCCUGAGGGAGCUGGGCAGCGGCUCCUAUGGCCAAGUGCUGCUGGCCGUGCACCAGCGGCAAGGCAGGCCGAUGGCGUUGAAGUUCAUCGAGAAGCGGGACACUGAGCUGCGGGACUUCCUGAGCGAGUACUGCAUCUCGCUGAGCCUGGCCGCCCACCCCUGCAUUGCCAGCGCCCUGGGCAUCGCCUUCCAGACCGAGCACCACUAUGUCUUCGCGCAGGAGCUCGCCCCUGCCAGGGACCUCUUCUCCCUGCUGCAGCCACAGGUGGGGUUCGGGCUCGCGGAGCUGCAUGUCAAGCGCUGUGCUCUGCAGCUCGCCAGCGCCCUCGAGUUCAUGGGGGCCAAGGGGCUGGUUCACCGCGAUGUCAAGCCUGAGAACGUGCUGCUGCUCGACCUUGAGUGCCGGCGUGUCAAACUGACCGACUUUGGGCUGAGCUGCCCGCAGGGCACUGCCAUCGAGGCCCUGCCUGAGAACCUGCCCUACACGGCACCCGAGCUGUGCCUCCUGGGGCCCUCGGCCCGCCUGCCGGCCCAGCCUAGCCUGGACGCCUGGGCCCUGGGCGUGCUGCUCUUCUGCGUGCUGACUGGCUUCUUCCCCUGGCACACGGCCGCCGACCGGCACUACCGGGACUUUGAGCGCUGGCAUCGCAGCCCCCGCGUCCGCCCACGCCCACCCCGCUGGGGGUGCUUCACCUACGAGGCCCAGGAGAUGCUGCGAGGGCUGCUGACCCCUGACCCCAGCCAGCGCAGCCCAGCCAGCAUUGCCAUGGCCCACAUCAAGUGCCCCUGGCUGGAACCCAAGGAGCCGGGCGCUGCCCGUGGAGGCAGGACUCUGCGGGGGAGUAGCCAUUGCCGCUGAGCCCAGCCUCAUGGGCACUGCCGCCAGGCACAGGCACCCGCCACGGCCAAGGGGCCGCAGGGACCAAGGACUUGCAGGACACAUUGCUUAGCAGGGACCAUGGC